GUUCUAGACGAUUGUUCGAAGAAGUCGAGAAAAUCGGACCGUGCUUCAACUCGAAUCGUUAUUAAAAUCAAAAUUUUUUUUAAACAAUUCGUUCUGCAUGAAAGGUCAACGAAUUGAUUGAUUAUUUGUUUUGGACUGUAAGAGUCAAAGCAGAAUUAAUUUUAUUUUGACCGUUAUAUAAUGAUGUUUUCAAGACGAUUUGGUUAUGUGGUCCGAGGAAAAUGUGAUUUAAUAAAUAAUUUAAAUAAUUUUUAUAUCUGACAUUGCGGGUGAUUAACUGGGUUUAUUUUUAACAUUAAUUCUAACACAUAUGUGAAUCGUAUGAAAUUGUUGUCGCUUUAAAAAUAAUUUACUUUUUGAAAAAAAAAAAAUCGAAGGCGUUCUCUUCCAAAAAUUUGAUAAAAAAAUCUCAGUUACAUAAUCGAAUCCUAGUGGUACUUUGAAUUAUCAUUUCGAAGCACUUCGGUGACAAACUUUAUCAAACUGAACAACAAAUAAGCAAUACGUCCACUUAAAAUCGUAUAAAACAUGACGAUUAAUGUCUACGAGUUCAUAAAAGUGAGGAAGAGAACAUAAUGUUAAAUCAUGUAAGAUGAAAAUGAAACCAAAAUAACUACUAAGUCUCAUUAAAAAUAUGUGCAAAGACGAUUUUUUAUUUCUAAAUUUAGCACUGCAAAAUUAAAAAAAGAAAUCGGAGCGGAGACAUUAAGCGAAAUAGAUUCAUGUGUUCGUUAAGCAAAUUUAGUAUCAUUCUUUUGACUUGGUGACAAAGUGACUUGUAAAUUAAUUAGCCAAUUAAUUACAUUAUUGACUUGUAAAUUGCAUAUAUUGAAACUUUCGGACGUAACAAAUACAAGAAAAUAAAAAAUAAAUAAAAAAUGCCGUGCUGUGGGAGCGUGGAGCCAAUUCGGUUCCCGAUCGACAUGUCCAAACAGAGUGAUGUGAUGCGGGGUCCGGAACAAAUUCACGUUUCAAAGUUUUACAAAGAAUCGAAAAAUGGAAAGUUUGUCAAUUACAUCAGUGAGGAUGCACAAACAUUAUACGAAACCUUUCGUAAAGGUGCCUAUGAAUCAAAUAACGGUCCUUGUCUCGGAUGGAGAGAAAGCCUUACAUCACCGUACAGUUGGAUAAACUUUAACGAGACUUUGCUACGAGCAAAAAAUUUCGGUUCCGGUUUGAUCGACAUUGGUAUUCAACCGCGACAGCUGGUUGGAAUUUACUCACAAAACCGUCCCGAAUGGGUACUAUUCGAGCAAGGUGCAUAUUGUUACUCACUGGUUGUAGUUCCACUAUAUGAUACACUCGGUCCGGAUGCAUGCGCUUUCAUCAUUAAACAGACGGAUAUGUCAACAGUCAUUGUCGAUGAUGAUAAGAAAGCUAAUCUGUUGUUGGAUAAAGCACCACGUGGCCUUAAAAAAUUAAUUGCAAUCAAGUCGGUACGAUCGGCAACACUACAACGGGCUAAAAAUCGUGGCGUCGACAUUCACACAUUCGAUGAAAUUGAAAAAUUGGGGGCACAAAGUGAUCAUCCGGAAGUGCCACCGACUCCAGAUGAUAUAUGCACCAUUUGCUAUACGUCUGGGACGACUGGAAAUCCAAAAGGCGUGACAUUGACGCAUAGGAAUGUGGUGGCUGGUGUUUGUGCUGUGCUGUUGCAAUUAGGUGACCACAGGCCGCGUGUAAAUGAUGUCAUGAUGUCGUUUUUGCCUUUGGCGCACAUGCUGGAAAGAUGCUGCGAGAAUGGCAUGUAUUAUUCAGGUGGUUGUGUUGGAUUCUACUCUGGUGAUAUCAAAGAAUUGACAAACGAUUUAAAGGCUUUGCGGCCGACGGUGAUGCCAGCAGUUCCACGACUGUUGAAUCGAGUGUAUGACAAAAUACACACCGAAGUUUCAAAUUCUGCCAUUAAGCGGAUGCUAUUCAACAUGGCGAUUAAAUCAAAGGAAGCAGAAAUGAAGCGCGGCAUAAUUAGGAAAAACACAAUUUGGGACAAAAUCGUUUUUCGUAAAGUCCAAGAGGCGUUCGGAGGAAAUCUUCGAUUAAUGGUUGUUGGAUCAGCACCGUUGGCUGGCAAUGUUCUUACAUUCAUUCGUUGUGCCCUGGGUUGCUUAAUUGUUGAGGGCUAUGGUCAAACUGAAUGUACUGCUCCAAUCACAUGCACAGUUCAGGGUGAUAGUGUACCCGAACAUGUGGGACCGCCCGUAUCCUGCUGUUGUAUAAAGCUCGUCGAUGUACCUGAAAUGGAAUAUUUCGCAUCCGAGAAUCAGGGUGAAAUAUGCGUCAAAGGGGCGAAUGUCUUUCAAGGAUACUAUAAAGACCCAGAACGGACUGCCGAAACAAUCGAUCCGAGUGGAUGGCAUCAUACCGGCGACGUUGGAAUGUGGUUACCGAAUGGAACGUUGAAAAUCAUCGAUCGGCGGAAACACAUUUUCAAACUCAGCCAAGGGGAGUAUAUUGUGCCCGAGAAAAUUGAAAACAUUUAUAUUCGCAGUCAAUACGUCGAACAAGUGUUUGUCUACGGCGAGAGUUUGAAGAGUUGUAUAGUGGCUGUUGUUGUACCGGAUGUAGAUGUACUUAAAUGCUGGGCUGUCGAAAAUAACAUACCAGGAACAUUGUCGGUUCUGUGUAACAAUACCAAAGUUAAAGAUCUGAUACUAAAUGAUAUGCUGACAUGGGGCAAGCAAGUCGGACUAAAAUCGUUUGAACAAGUAAAGGACAUAUACCUUCAUCCGGAUCCAUUUUCCGUGCAGAAUGGUCUACUUACCCCAACAUUCAAAUCCAGAAGGCCUCAAUUGAAAAGCUACUUUAAGCCACAAUUGGAGGAUAUGUAUUCGCAUUUCGAUUGAAAAGUACUAUUGCAAAUUAAUUUUUAUAAUUUAUUAUUAUGAAUAUGGAAUCAAAUUUGUUGUUUCAUUUUAUAUGAUGAUUUAGAAAUUAAAUUAAAUUUUAUUGCAAAGAAGGAGAAGAAGAAAAAACCCUUAACUGAAAUUUACAUAUUUUUUUUGUUGUGAUUGUGUGAUGGUAUAAAAUAGAAUCUUUGUUUCUUUCUCUCGUUUUGGUUUAGUCUUUAGGGAUUUUUUUCGGUUAAUUUUUUUUUUCAAAAUUGUUUGUAGAUUAAGAAAAUUUAUUUCGUUUUCUUUAGUUAGAAGAAAAAAAUGUUUUCAAUUAAAUGAGAUUGUAAGAAAUCGUUUUUUUAUGUUAUAAUGGCGUAGUAUUCACAGUUUACUUAUAGAUCUGUUAACUGAACAAUCAAAUCGACACUAAUCGAGAUAACAGUAAAUUCUCGAUGCAAAUUCAAUCGAGGGGUUUUUUUAAAAAUGAAAAAUUCUCAGACAACUUUUAGAGGAUUUUCCUGGAAUGUCAACGCUUAUCGAGUCUUAAGAGUUUUCUUAAAUUUCGAAUGGUUUCAUAGUCAUUUUUGGGUUCAAUUUUAAUACACAUUUUUAGCAAAUUGGGGGAUUUCCUUAAAAAAAUUUCCAAAAAAAGGAAUUUUCUAGCAGAUCUGCCAAAGUCUCAGAAUUUUUGUAAGAAAAUACCUUGAAAUUGUACUUGUAAGGAUCUUUUGUCAUAAUAUCUUUCGACAAUGGUUCAGGAACGUUUGAAAAGUAAAUUCAAGUGUAAAAAUUACGUUGGGUAUUUGGCGUUUUGUGAUGGUUUCAGACUGUAACAAAAAAGACUAUUUCUUGUAACGAUUUCUUGCUCUUUGUGUUUGAAAAAUUCAAUCAAAAUUUAACAAUUUCAAUAAAAACCCAUCAGUGAACCCAACUUACUCAAAUGAGGGGCCUAAUAGAAAUAGUAAAGUUAGAAAAAUAAAAGAAAAAGUUUUCUUGUUCGUUCAAGCAUUUUAGAGGUGAAAUUUGAGAGGCGCCGGCGUUAAUUUUUUUUCGGCUGUCGUAUCGGUUUCUACGAUUUAAAAAGAGUUUUCGUUGUCUAGUUUAACCAUCUCCCUGAAUAAAAUAAUGGAAUUUUCGACCAGUUCAUAGAUUCCGAACUGUGAAUACUACAUCCUAAAGUGACCAAAUUAUUUAUUUAGACAAUUUGCGUGAAAAACAUUGAAUCUAGUCCAUUGGUCAAAUCAAAAAAACACGUUAGAAAAAGCAAUAACCAAAACUUGAUAACAUUUAAUUUGUAGUUUUUUAUUAAAAUGAAUGUCAAUUUUAUACAAAAACCCAGUUAAUUUAGUGAAAGAGGAAUUUGUAGACAAAAAAAGGAAAGGAGAGUAAAAGAGCAAAACAAUAAAAGUAAAAAAGUAAAAUGAAAACAUUGUUGUAACAUAAUUGAAAAAGAAAAUCCUUUUCUUAAUAAAGGAGGACAGAACCGGCAUAAUGAAAGGCGUAGUGAGAGUAUUAUUUGGAAAGGAAAAUGUAAUCGAAUUAAAUGCGCAUUAAAUUAAUGGAUAUCAUUGUAUCAUAAUAAAAAAAAAACCAUGAAACGUUGUUUUGUAAAAGAGAAAAAAAAAUUGUUAUAUUCCCAAUGUGGCGUAUAUGCAGGAAAAACAGUUGACAGUAGAUUAGUUAUAGCAAAUUUUAACCUAGUCAAUGAGAGGGCUUAAGUUAAAUUAACUAAAACUUUAAACAAAGAAGUAAAACAAAUCACAUAAUUCAAUCUCAUAAACAAAAAAAACGUAAUUAGGGUAAAUAUUCAAAUCAAUUAAUUGGUUAUUUAAUUAACAAAAUAUUCUAUUUGAUCCUUCUAUUAGGUGCAUCUGCUGUUCAGAUUAUUAUUUUUUUUAAAUAAAUAUUUACGAGGUCGAUGUAUCAAGCGUUUAUCAAUAAUACACCUUUCUAACUGAACAGGAACAACGUUUUUUUUAUACAAAUAGACUAAGAUCGUUUACAUCUACACAUCGAUGACGACAAAAUACACAAUAGUUAAUAACUAUUAGUUAUAUACAAUACGAACGAUAAAAAAGAGUUAAGUUUCCGUGUGAAUUUUAUGGAUCCGAAGCGAAGCCGAGGUCAAUAAACACACGAAAGCGAUACUUUUAUACCGAGUCAUGUGAUGGAUUUUACAUGCUUUUGAAACCUAAACCAAUUUUCUUGUUUUCCCUAGGUGUGUAAGCCACUUUCAACCCUAGGGAAAACAAAAGCAUGUAAGACAUAUUUACUCUUACAUCGUCCUAACGUAAUGCUAAAAAUUGAUGAAGUCAAAGAUUGUUCAAUACAUUACGCAUCUGUGGGAAAUUUUGGUUAUCUGCUAUGGUGAAGGUGGUAUAGCAAGCGAUCCAAUUUCCUGAGUAAAUAAUCAUAGGUUACAUUGGAUGUCGCGAAAGUAAUUCAUUGCAUGAGGUAGCAAGUUUAUGAUAAAAACAAACUUAUAAGUGUGUUUUUGAGCAUCAAUCUUCGGUAACUGUAUUUUCGGCAAGUAUACAGUUGGUAUAUCCGAAGGUGAGUUGUGAGUUAUACAACUACAUUUGUUGAAAAACAGUUGCCGAAUCAAGAUGCAACCAUACACACGAGUGUGUUUGCGAGUAUUUUAAAGUUGUUUCCGAAGUUCGUAGCAGCGUCCAAUGUAGUCUGGUUUACUACUUGCUCUGUGCAAAAUUGAUUUCCACAUAAGAAAAUGAAUCAAAAAUAUUCCACAUUACACGAUCGUUUUCGCAGGGGGCAAAUUCGCAAUGGUCAACUUUCGCAUGGGGUAGGUAGUAAAUAAGUGACACGAUUUGACACACUGCAGUAGACAGACUGAAUAGAUUCGAUUAUUAUUCUGCUGAUAGGCUUUCAUUCUGCAAAACGUUAAUAAUAUAGGGUGAAGUUUAUAAUUUACGAUUUAUGGAACUAAACGUUUUUGACCGUCGGUUUCAGUA